AUGUUGGAAUACUUGACAUACAAAAAGAUCAAGAAGAACAGAGCGGAGAAGGCGGCUGCGGCUGCUGCCGAGGAGGCUGCGAAGAAGACUGAAGCUGGAUCUUCGGUAGACCCAUCCUACGGACAUGUACCGGAUUUCAGCAACGAGGCAUCUCGUGCAUCAGAUCCUCAACAAAAGCGGCGAAGCACGCAGCACAGCCUCAGCUCCAAUACUCCUCCCCUGAGCCCAGUCCUCGAUCGUGACGAUGAGGCAUGGCUGCAAAGUAUCCUGGAAGACGAUGGUCCGGCUCCGCCUUUGCCGCCACGCAUCAAUACCCCUCAGAUCGACCUCUCGUCUGCAUCUGAGAGUGAGAUAGAGGCGGUAAAGGCUUUACAAGAACCCAAGAGUAAAAAGGACAAGAAGAAGGAAAAGAAGGACAAAGACAAAGAGAGAGAGAGAGAGAAAGAGAAAGAGAAGCACGACAAACAGCCAAACCGCCUAACGGCUUUGUUCACGAGACACAAGAAACCACAAGAUGGUCUUAAGCCAGAAGAUAACGUCGCGCCACCGGAAGCCGAACGUGAGGAGCAGGACCUUGGUAACGUUCUCGACCGCCUGAACCUCCAAGCAAAGAACAACAAGAUAGUUUCUCUUUCCAAUGAGUCAUCCGAGCUCCUGUCCCGUUUCACCCAAGUAUUCAAGGAUCUCGCCAACGGUGUGCCGACAGCAUACGGUGACCUCGCAAGCCUAGUUGAAGACCGCGAUGGUGCCAUCAAUCGCGGUUUCGAAAAACUCCCUUCAUCUCUCAAGAAGCUUGUUACCCAGCUUCCAGAUAAGCUGACGUCCUCCCUGGCGCCUGAGCUCCUGGCGGCGGCUGCAGAAAGUCAGGGUCUUAAGGCGAAUACCGAAAAGGGCAUUAAGGAUGCCGCUAUCGACCUCCUCAAGCCAUCGAAUUUGACCGAUCUAGUCACAAAGCCAGGGGCUGUUGUUGGUAUGCUCAAGGCUAUCGUCAACGCAUUGAAGGUGCGGUGGCCUGCAUUUAUCGGAACAAAUGUUAUAUGGAGCGUUGCUUUAUUCUUAUUAAUGUUUGUCCUUUGGUAUUGUCACAAGAGGGGCCGCGAGGUGCGACUGGAGCGUGAGAAAUCUGUAGCUGAGACACCUAUUGAUGGUAGCGAUCGUAUCGAGGAGCUUCCAGAUGAUCCUCUUCUUCCGGGGCCAGAGGCGGCGGCGGCGAGUCGCAAUGCCGACAGGGCAAUACUUGGAGAUCCUGUUUCCCCUUUGUCUGAGCCAUCCCCGAUUCCUGCUGUAGUUGAGCCAGUCUCGCCAGAGGAACCGGUUCGUCGUCGCUGA